GGUAACACAGGUUACCGUCGCUGUGUAGCUAUUUAAUUUCAUUAGUUAAAAGGGCCAGUUUUGUGUAUACAGGCAGCAGCAGAGUGUUAUCUGUAUUUUAUCGUGGGUAAAUGUUUUCUCUGAUUGUGACACUUUGUCGUUUUUGGCCUUAACAGCAGAGCUAGCUAACUAAAUAACAGACUAGCCUGAUCACUGCUGUGGACGAGUUUGAUCAGAUCGUUUAUAUCUAAUCUCUAAUCAGCUGUUAAUUAUUUUCUGAUUAAUAUUGUGUAGCUAGAGAUGGGAGCGGGUGAUGGUCGGUGGUUAAUGUCACUGUGUGGAGAGAGUUAACUAAGCCCAUAUAGCAUAUAACAACCUUCAGCUCACAUGUCAAACCAACCCAACUGAAACGACUUUAGACUCUCACCUUCUGGUUUCAGGUGAUCUGUGCUCUGAUGAUCAUCUACUGUUGUGAUUAAUUGUCUUUAUACUUGAGCUUUAUCCAUCUAGAUUAGCUUGUUUGUUUGUAAAUGUUUAACCCUGUCCACAGUUUGGCUCAGCUGGUUAAAGCUGUGCUGAAUUUAUCUCUACUGUUACCUUCCUUGUUUUAGCUUUUUAAAAGCUGUUUCUCUUUGGUGUCUUUCCUUAUCGACCCAAGAAAGCAACUUUGCCCAGAGGGCAAAUGUCUAAUCAGUUAGCUAAAAGGAAUAGUUGCUGUUAAAGGAAUGUCUGUGCUCUCCUGUGAAGUGGUGUUGGCAGGGCUUUGCAUGUUUGGGGCAUACCAAAGCCUAAAACAAUGAACAAGAAGGAUUACAACAAAACAGGAAUGUUGUGACAUAAUGCUCUCACCGCUGUAAUCCCCCUGUGCUCUUCUGGAUCUGCAUUGUUUGGUCUGUUGUUUAUUAUUAUUUUUUUUGUUCUGUUUAUUUGCUUUUUUGGAUCAAUUGCCUGCAGAAAUUGAAGAACACUGGAAUUUCAAUGGAUUACAAAUCUUGGAUUUUGUGGCACGUGUCUAUCGGGUGAUUAUGGAUAGAAUGUAACCCAUAAGCUACUUCUACAGACUGAGACACAUCCCGACAUCCAUCACCUCCCUCCCUGCCUGACCUUUUAAUAGAGCAGGUAUUUGUUGUGAACAGAAAAAAACACUUUGGGCAUUACGCAAAUAAUUUAUCAAGUGUUUUCGCCUUGCACUGGCCAUAAACCUCUCUCUCUACCAUUAGCGAAAAAUCAUCUUCGUCCAACAGUCCCUGCAUAGUUCCUGUGAUUUUUAAGACGUUUAUUUUUUUUGUUGACUCAGUUUUAUGUUUUUGACCUCAAGACAGAUGCUGUUGAGCAGAUGCUGGCUAUCAAUGCUGUUUUAUAGUACUGUCUGUAAGCAACGCUAACAACACUUCAAGAAAGUGGUGUAAGGAUGAGCUUGUACUUUAUUUAAAGCUUUUAAAACUGAUAGUCACUUUCAUUUGUCACAUUUGACAUCAGGUUUUAGAUUUUUCAACACGUAAAAGAGCAGCCAUGCUUUGAGGAAGCACUUUAGUUCACAUUCGGCUGGGACAGUAAAUGAAUAAAUGUGAACAAUUAAUUGUUGCAUGUGACAUCCACAUCCUAUUUUUUUGGUUGAAACACUACAGUGAGCUUUAAAGGCCUGGACUGAUGGCCUUUAGGAUUACAGAAUUAUUUUAAUGCAUUGUUUGCAUUGUUGAACAGAUGUUUUUAUUAAGAGGAUUAAGCAUUUGUUGCUUUAAGCAAAAAGCACUAAGGAAAACAUAUUAGUUCCAUCAGGGAUUAGAAAACCUGACCUUUAGUGAUCUUUUUUGGACAAAAGGACAAAAAUAUCUAGAUAAUCUAGAAUCGACAGAACCAACUGGGAUCAUUCAAGAAACUACAGGAUGGACAAACCCAACCAGUAACCUGAACUCCUCGUUUCUUUUUACCGUCCCUGAUAAGGCUUUAGGCAAAGGUGUUCCAUAACUCUUUGGAAACACUUUACCUGCUGUUCUGUCCAAACAUUAACUGUUUUUUUCUCUAGUGAGUCCUUCUGAAACUCUACCGUAAAGUGUUCUGCAUGACCCGCUCAAAUCCUUCAGUUCUGGAUGUCCUCUCCUGACCCUGCGGAUCAUCUCCAGCUGUGAAAAUGCGCUCCCCAGGGCCACGGAGUUCGUCCCCAUCCCCAGUCCUCUCUCCGUCCCCUGGACUGGCCCAGGAGGCCCUGCUGCAUGGGCAGUUUGGGGGCUGGAGUAGCGGAAGCAGUGCAGGAGGAGGCAGUGGUAGUAACAGUAACAGUAACAGUUGCCCCAGCAGCCCUGGAGUAACGCUCCCGCCCAGUCCGGCCUCAUCUAGCUACGCCCUGACCCUCACCCCCACAAACAUCCAUGUCCAGCGGCUCUCCCCGCGCCCAGGAAAGGACUCUCGACUGCUGCUGCCGGUGGCGGAGCUGGCUGGGUGUAGCUGUCCAAGAGCACCGGCUCCACCACUGCUGGUGCUGUACUGGUACCCGGCAGGGCGGCGUAGGAAAGGUGUGUCCCGGCGCAGACAGGUCCGAGUGUACCUUGCUGAGAGUCGAGCUGAAGCAGAGAAAUGGAACGCAGCCAUUCAGUGCCUGCUGAGGGGAAUGGAUGUCAGUUCCAGUACAGAAUUUAGCAAAAGCAUGUUACCCCGCCCUCGUCGUCUGCUGCUAUUGGUCAAUCCAUUCAGUGGGCGGGGACAGGCAAUGCAGUGGUGCCAAACGCACAUACUGCCCAUGAUCAGAGAAGCAAACAUCAGCUACAACCUCAUACAGACAGAGCGCCAGAAUCACGCUCGUGAGCUGGUUAGGGAGAUCUCUCUGCAUGAGUGGGAUGGCAUCAUUAUCGUCUCUGGAGAUGGACUACUGCAUGAGGUAAUCAAUGGCCUCAUGGAGAGGCCAGACUGGGAACAAGCAAUAAAGACUCCAGUGGGAAUUCUGCCGUGUGGCUCUGGAAAUGCCCUGGCUGGCUCAAUCAACCACUACGCAGGAUAUGACAUGUGCCUUCGGGAGCCCCUCCUCCUCAACUGCUGCUUCCUUCUUUGUCGGGGCGGAGUCAGACCCAUGGACCUGGUGUCCGUGACGACAAGUCCCUUGCCGCCCUCCUCUUCGUCCAAUCAAAAUGGCCGUCCACCUGCUCCCAGAAGGCUAUUCUCUUUCCUGUCAGUGGCGUGGGGUUUUGUGUCGGAUGUGGACAUUGAGAGUGAACGCUACAGGGGGCUUGGCUCCGCUCGCUUUACUCUGGGAACGCUGGUGCGUCUGGCCUCCCUGCGAUCCUACAAAGGCCGCCUGUCCUACCUGCCCCCUGCAGUCAUCAACCCGUCCCCUGACGUGACCCCGCAGCCCCCUCGCCGUCCACUCUCCAGGAGCAUCACGGAGGGCCUGGAGGGCUUCUGUAGGACUCCUAUCCACCGCACCUGCUCUGACAUGGGCAUCAGCGAACAGCGGAGCCUUCGCAAAGAGGAUGGCGAGAGGGAGCUGGAGAGAGAGCGAGAAAGAGAGAAAGAACGGCAGGAGAGAGAGAGGGAGAGGAAAAGGAGGAGAGAUAGAGCGCAAGGUGUUGGCGUGGUGAGGGCUAGUAGCCUCGCGGAGGACCGGGAAAGGGAGAUGGAGGCAGAGGAGAGGAUGGAAGGAACGUCCGGGUCAAGCUCAGAGUCAAACGAACGCCAGGACGAGUGUGCGUCUGGGAAUGGAGAGGAAGAAGUGAAAGAGGAUGAUUGCAGAAGCAGUGGGACAGAGGGAGCACUAGAUGCGAGAGAUGUGAGCGAGGAAUAUGGUGUGGAUGAAGGAAGAGAGGCUGAGGAGUGCGAAGAUGAGCCCCUAGAGCCGCGGCAGGUGCUACGUAAAAACUCUGCCCCCUCCUCUCAAAUCAUCAAGGCUUUCUUCAGCCAGCCAAUCGGUGGCACCGGUUCAGAGGAGACACUGGAUGCAGACGAGGAUAUAAAUGGAACCUAUUUCCAGCGAGAGCCCUGGAAAGAGCCGCUGGACCCACGUGAACGUUCCCUCACCAUUUCUUCACCUUUCCGUCAUUCACCAUUCUCCUACAAAUCCAAAGGGGUUCUGGACCAGAACCAGAACCCAUCAAAACCUCGCCCACUCUCUCUUCUGCACCAGUCUCACUCAAACUCUCUCCCACCCAAAUUCCCUUCCCUCUCACUCUCCCUCUCUCCCACCCCUCCAUCCUCUCCAUCCUGUGCAUCCCCUCAUAGCUCCGCCUACCUCGCCCCACGGCCCGGCACCCCUGGCUCCUCCUCCCCAUCACCCUCUCUCCGCUCCCCCUCCCAGUCUUUCACCUUUGACCUGGCCGAGCCAGCUGGCCCAUUCAAGAACCGCUCUUUGGUCUCCACCCCUAGUACUCCACCCCACGACGACCUGCUGCCACCUCUGGACCAACCCUUGCCGACGCGGGACUGGGUGACUAUAGAGGGUGAUUUUGUUCUAGUGCUCGCCAUCUACCAGUCCCAUCUGGGCGCUGACCUGUUGGCUGCGCCGCAUGCUCGUUUUGAUGAUGGCCUGAUUCAUUUGACUUUUGUGCGGGCGGGCAUCUCCCGGGCUACGCUGCUACGGCUUUUCCUUGCAAUGGAGAGGGGUGCCCACCUGUCUAUGAGCUCUCCAUAUGUCAGCCACGUUUCUGCUCGAGCAUUCCGCCUGCAACCACUCUCCUCACGUGGGACCCUAACAGUGGAUGGGGAGGUGGUGCCCUACGGACCACUUCAGGCACAGAUUCAUCCCUCCAUGGCUCGUCUCAUUGUUGGAGAUUCUGGGGUAAAGAUCACUAGAUUCUGACCUGCUGGGAUUUAAACUGGAGAGGAUCUUUUCUACACACUCUGGCUUACGUAAUGCUACAGCAUCCACUUCUGGGAAGAGAGAUUGGAGGAUUGAAAUAGCCAGCAAUUGCAAUAACAGCUUUUACUGGGAUUUACUAAAAGGGAUUGCCUAAUCGAGCUGCGCACAAACGACCGGAUUACCAGCGAGUUUACCGAAGGGAUGACAAUUUGAGGCCUAUUGCACGACCACAGGAUUACACUUAUUUAGCUUUACUUAAGGCCGAAGCGUGAAAACAUUAAUGUCUGAAAAUAAAAAAGGGGGGUGUGAGGAGUGAAGCACUUUGAAUGUGUGCAUUGAGUCAAUGCGUCAAGCGUCUACAUUUUCGUAUUCACUUGUUUGCAGAUGCAUGAGUGGUCCUGCCUUAUUACAGAGUGAUUUGUGGGAAGGAGAGUUGAACUGAACACUAAGAACAAACGUUAUUUUUUGAACAGCUGUUAGGUAGCCACACCCUCACACGAAUGUGGCCCAUCUGUGUUGCAUAAUCUCCGUCCUUGGAAUGCCUUAUCCAGCUCUGAACUACAAGUGCAGUUUCCCAUCUUAGAUAAGCCUACCUUUUUUAUUACAAUUACAGGAUUAGACCAAGAAGAAGAAAAUAAUAUGUCCUCAUCCUAAAUGUAGUGGAUUAGCCAAGAUAUGUUUGGUGUCCAGUGUGUUUUUUUUUGGACUGGAGCUGUCAAACUAAUGUCACUAGUGAGCAGUCAAACCACAUACAGGUGCAUCUCAAAAAUUAGAAUAUCAUUGAAAAGAGAGCUAUGUCAUCUGCUUGUCAAAGUCAGUGCACUGUCUUUGCACAAAAUCUUACAGCAGUUCAUGCUUCCCCCUGCUGACAACUUUUAUGAUGAGGUCUUGUAAAAUAACCCCUCUAAUAUUAUCUAAUAUUAUUUUUUUUGAGACACUACCUUUUGUGUUUUCAUUAACUGUAAGCCAUAAUCAAAAAUACAAGAAAAAAACGCUUAAAAUAGAUCACUAUGUGUGUAAUACAUCUAUAUAAUGAGUUUCAUAUUUUGAACUGAAUUACUGAAAUAAUGUAACUUUUCAAUGAUAUUCUUAUUUAUUGAGAAGCACCUGUAUGUGGUUUGACUGCUCACUAGUGACAUUAGUUUGACAGCUCCAGUCCAAAAAAAAACACACUGGACACUAAACAUAUCUUGGCUAAUCCACUACAUUUAGGAUGAGGACAUAUUAUUUUCUUCAACUAUAACGAGUUUUAUAAAUCGCAAAGUUGCCUCAAACUUCAGCAAAUUAAUAAAUCCUCUCAAUCCCUCUUAUUUAUGGGUUUAUCCCAUCAUGAUGCUAUAUAUUGCAUAGUUUGUGAAGAUUUGGUCAUGCAGCUUUUGCAAGAUAGUAACCACUGUUAUAUUUUCUUGUUACUUAAAUUAGCCUGCAUGUUGCUUCAGUACAAAAAGGAAAGAAGCAAACAUCAGACACCAAACAUAUUGUAGCUCAUUGAGUUUACGAUUUUAAAAAAUAAUGAUGCUCUAAUACAAACAAAAGUGUUUUUUUAUGUGGCAUCAAUCAAAGAACCAUUUGAAGCACUUCUUUAAGUGUAUUUGGGCUAAAUGCAUAAUUAGAGAACUAUUCUUUCAUCCAGAAGACCUUGUUUGGUUAACAUCAGUUCCCAAUUUCCAUAGUCUCCUCCUUAGACAGACCUCCUUCUGUAUAUUACUGGGGACCGUAUUGAAGCAUAAUGAACUCGCUUUGUGUCUUAUGUAGCCUGCUGUCAAGCAUUUUUGAGGCUUUAGGAUCAUUUCAGCUCUGUUAUUAAAAAACAGAGCCAGGCCUUCAUUACUAUAAGGUGAAAAUAUAGAACAACAUUGAGUUGUGAAGUCAUUUGCUGCAGGUAGCAUUUAGGACAGUCAUCUCAUGGAUGAACAGUAAAACAUGGAUUAUAUUCUGGUGUAUAGUGCAUUUGCCUGAUUGUCUAAGCAAAAGCAUGUGGUGGUGGUGGUGGUGGUGGUGAUGUUAAUGCAAGUUUAACAAGCUGUGUUUGUUGCAGCACUACAAGAUGGUUACUUAGAUUUUUUUUUUCUUUCAAUUUUAUAUAUAUUAAAUAUCAAGUCCUUCCAAAUAUUAGACUUCAAAAGACCAGAUGAUUAUUUGGCAACUACUCGAAAUUCAUCAUUGUUCUGUUUAAUAUUGGGAAUGUAUGGGAUUGUGUUCAGAUACUAAUUUAUUAAAUUUUGUCGGACUUAGUCCAGAGUGUGUUUCCCACAUCUUUGUGUGUGUUUACAGGAAUGGGUUGUAGAAAAAAAAAAUCAAAAGGUUGUAUGAGCCAAACAGUGACCAUACAAUGACUAAAGAUAAAAUAGACCACAUUCUGCAAUCUAAACCUAGAAUAAACACAUAUUUUCCCCAAGGGAACAAAGAUCAGAAUAUCAAGUACUUAUCAAAUUAUGAUAAAGCAAAUGUGAAAUACCCAGAAAAUAUAAAUGUCAAUUGAAUGAAGACGGAGUUAACAAAUUCCCUCAGCAUUGGUUAAUUUGUAUUGAAGAAAGGUUCUAGACUUUAUGAAAACUAGUCUUUGCAGAUGUUGUGGGACUCAGGUGGGCAGUUUGCUUUUGGCUGUUUUUUAUUUUGUUUGGUGGACCAUGCUUUAGAGCAGUGUAAUACACCUAAAUAGUACUGAACUGCUGUUCUUGCUGACAAUGCCAGUUAAAGAUGUCUUGUUAAUAGAUUAUUCUAUGAUGCUUGUAAUAAAAGUAUAAUUAUUACUAAGAUUCAAUAGUAAAUAAAACAUAUAAUGUACA